GGAAUUCGGGGACGGGGCGAGAGCUGUCGGUCGCGUCAGUCACAGGUGGGCGUCGACAAAGCGCGACGCGAGAUGUGUGUCGUGACUCGUGAUCCGCCCGGAAUGGAAAGGAAAUGGGGCGGGGCGAGGGAACAGGGGGAGAUGACAUGAAGAGGGGCCGAAUUCGGCGAGGAGUUCAAAAGGAGCAGACUGCAGGAGAGACAAUCGACACACAGCGCGCGACGCAAUUGCAACUUGAAGAAUCCCAUUCUUCUUCGAGUUGCAAUUGAGUACGAACACACACGCACACGCACACUCACAGGCAUUUUGAAGUACGUGAGAUUGAACGAACGAACCAACUGAUCGACGGUCGCUGCAUUGAUUCGCAGAUCUUUCUCUCGCUGUGCGCAAUCCAGGUCCAGCAUUCGAGCUUCUUGUCCUCGCUCGAUCUGAUAUCUGCCCGGCUUCGACUUUCGACUUGAAUUAUGGCCGAGAUGAAGAAGAAGGUCGUGGUCGUCGGAGGUGGUAUCGCCGGUAGCGCUAUCGCUAAGGGCCUCGAGGACCACGCCGAUGUCACUCUCAUUGAUCCGAAGAACUACCUCGACAUUCCAUACGCUCGCAUGCGAGCAAUUGUGGAGCCAGCAAUGGCAGAGCGAUCGAUCAUUUUACAUUCGGAUUACUUAAAGAAGGCUAAAAUUCUGGAGAGUACCGUCGAGUCGGCAACAGAUUCAGAGGUCACGACGGCGAGUGGCGAGCGACUCCCUUACGACUUCCUCGUCGUGUGCACGGGCACCGUCUUCUCUUCCCCCCCUGAAAAGACCACCAAAGCGGAGAGACUUGAGGAGUUUAACGGACUUAACAGGAAGUUGCAAGAAGCAGAAUCUGUGUUGAUUAUCGGCGGAGGCCCCGUGGGAGUGGAGCUCGCAGGGGAAAUUGUAACGGACUUCCCGGCGAAGAAGGUCACCAUUAUCAGCGGUGCCGAUCGCCUAAUUGAAUUUUUGGGGCCCAAGGCGUCGAAGAAAACCGAGAAGUGGCUGACCAAGAAGGGAGUGACGGUGAUUCUGAAAGACAAGAUCGACGUCAACGACAGCCUCGCUCCCCCAACUUUCGAAACCAAAAAGCACGUCGAAUUGAAGGCCGACGCGCACUUCGUCGCCACCGGUAAGAAGGUGGCCACCAAGUGGCUCGAGGCUUCCGAGGUGUUGAAGGAACACGUGACCGUGGAUGGGCGCCUCAAGAUGGAAUCGACCGGAACAUGUCAAGUCGAGGGACUGAAGAAUGUUUUUGCUGCAGGAGAUAUCACCGACUUUAAGGAAAUCAAGCAAGGAUUCUUGGCAGGCAAGCACGCCGCCGUCGUGGUGGAGAACAUCAAGAAGUUGUCGGCUUCUCCUGACGCCAAGCUUGCGGCGUACAAGCCUCUGGCCACGCCCAUGGGCAUCGUGUCGUUGGGGCGUGUUCUGGCCGUGGCGCAGAUGCCAUUCGGGACCAUCCUCGGGCGAUUGGCAGGUUUGUUGAAGAGCAAGGAUCUGUUCGUGGGCAAGACCAGAGAGUCACUGGGACUCAAGGCCAAGUAAACCAUCAUUCAACUGUAUUAUUGUACUACUACUACCGGGUGAGGAAGGACAUCAUCCUUCCCUUCGAAUUUGGAUUGAACUGAAACAUACGCAAUAAGUUGGAGAAGAGGCAAGACCUUUAGUUUUGUAUUUCUAAAUACUGUAAGCGCUUUUCUACACAUGAGUGAAGAGUUGAAAGAUUGUUCAGGUCUUUGGUCUUUGCUGCUGCUACCGGGUGACCAGCUCACCCCUUUAAGUUAUCAAAAAUAGGUUUCUUCACAUUUCACAUUAUAGAUAGGAAGCCAAUUUUGCACAAUGUUCACUAUAUUCUUCUUAUAAAGUGCUAGAAGUCCAGAUUUAAGCGGACAUUCGAAAAUUUC